AUGUUCAGUGUGGUUCACCAAGAUUACUCUGAUUCAUGUGCGCUGUCACAAAUCCUUAUUGCCUGCCUGAGCCCUUGGGAUGUGCUUGUCUCUCCGUGCUGCAUCCUCGCCAUCACUGCCCACUUGUGCUCUCUGUACGACAUGUCAUCCUACUAUCAACCAUCAUGUCCCAACAUUACGGUACCGUCAGAAUCUGCUUUCGAGCCUCAACGUCCACGUUAUGAUCCUGUCACGGAGGUCAGCCCUCGAAUACCCAGAGAGCAGUCAUCUGAGAAGAGGACGACCCAUCGUGUGACGAGACAACCAUCGCAAGGGUCACCGCCAACUAGAUCGCUUCCAGGGCUAAGUGAGCUGUUCGCCUCGAGGCUACUGGUAGCUCCAAAUCCCAAGCAAGACCGAACGGCAUCAGCCAGCUUGUCCGCAAUCUUGAACAACCCCUCUGGCUAUAAAGAGGUAUCGAAACCAUCGACCAGGCCGUACGUGCCUAACGUCGGACGGCAGAGUCCCUCGAGACAUGCAGCGACUCCAAUACUGAGCUCAUCGGUUCCAACGACGCCAGACUCGUGGACUUCAGAGUUGCCGCCCUUGCUGCAGGAUACCCAAGUGCAUGGCUUUACACGCAGUCUGCAACAAGCGAACCCGGGCUCUCCUCCCUUCCACAGUGAAAGCUUCGGCGCUAGCGUGGUCGGUGGCCAGCGCGCAUUCUUCACGUCGGAGCAAAGCGCAUCAAGAUAUGGCCACAGUCUACCGCCAACGCAUCACAACGAGGAAAUCCCGGUGCAUCGAGUCGACUCGCGCGCGGGCUGGACAGAGUCGGAUCUGCGUCCAGCUGUCCCGGAGCUGCUACCAGCGACAUACAUGUACCGCACCGACUGUGGCAUGAUAUCGGGUCCUCAGCCCUACGCAGAUUGUGCCGUAGGCUUCUCAGUCCCUGGCCGCGAGGAUUUGGUCUACCCGAUGUGGGAUCUGACCAAACGGAAGCUGCCGAGGAAGCGCAUGUCGACAGCCUGUACUGACUGUCGGAAGAAGAAGAUUCGCUGCGAGCCGGGAGCUGGUGGAUGUCUGCAGUGUCGAAAAGCGCAGAAACCCUGUGUGAUAGAACCUGUUAAACGUCGACGAAGGAGGAAGGCGUUGUCGUCGGAUGCGGAUGCGGAGGAAUCCGAUAAUGGAUCAGAAGAGUUGGAGAAGGCACGCGGAAGUUGA